GCUCAGGGAUGUUUGAGAAAGCGGACAGAUGCUGCCGGGAACACGACCACUGCCUGCACAUCAUCCCCUCUUUCACGGUGAAUUAUGGCGUCUUCAACCCUCACUUCUUCACCGUCUCACACUGCCACUGUGACCAAAGGUUUCGGCAGUGCCUUCUCGGUGUCAACGACACCAUUUCCAGCAUGGUGGGCUACAGCUUCUUCAACAUCCUGCGGGUUCCCUGCUUCGAGGUCAAACAGCAGAGGCGAUGCACCGAGAUGUCCUGGUGGGGAACGUGUAAAGUCACCAAAAAGGCUGCCUAUGCCGUCUUCAAAAAGCCGCUCCGUUACAGCGCCGCCGAUGUCACAAGCAAACCCGGAGACAACGCUGAAAGCAACGCGCUAACAAGCAGCGAGAGGCAACGAUUCAUCGUCAACCCGCACAGAACGUUACCCAAAAGCGAACACAGAUGCUUCAGAGACUCGCCCAGAGGAGACACUACCAUCCUCAGAAGGACGAAGGAGAAAGGAUGUAAGAGAAACAGGAAACCGUACACGGCAGCGCCGACGACUCCGUCAACGAACGCGAGUCUUUUUAAUGCGUCGCAAAGUAGCACAUUGAUGGCCAAUAAAAAACGAGUUGGCAGAAAGAAGAGCACCCGAAACGGUCUGUCUGCUUACCCCAAACACAGAAGCCAAGUUCAACCACAGACCCCCAAAAACUCUCAUCCACAAACAGCAUCUGUAACACAGCAGCCAGCGCUUCACCUGCUCUCAAAAGGAGCCAUCACAGCAGCGACUAAAACGGGCAAAACAGGCAAAAAAAGUCCAAAACAAAGUCGUUGUUGUGGCGCCAGGAUGCCCCAGAGAGGAGACACUUUUCAGCCUCGUUGUUUAAGUUGUUUGACAGACGUUACACCGACUCCGUACGGAUUCCCGAUCAAUCAGCGAAAUCAGACGACAGCCGGGACUCUGAGGCACGACCGCACAACCGAAUCGGCCAAACGGGACGCUUUGGAAAGACUCUGGAGCGCAGCCACUUCUGCAACGCCCGCCACAACUACACCAAAGAGAGCAGCCUCCGCUCCAAAAGACGGUGAAAAGAGACGUAAAGACAGCCAGCUGCUGUGUGGAAGCCUCAAACAUCUGGAUGAAUGUAAAUACAAAAUCCAUCCUCUGGAGAAGCAGUUUGACCUGCAGAACCUGGAGUCAGAGACCGCGUACCACUGUGACUGCACCAGCCGCUUGGCUGUUCAGAUUAAAAGCUUCAAGAAACCCGGUGUUCUCCCCACGCUGCUGAUGGAUUUCGUGUCUCCAUUCUGCUUCAAACUGCCGGAGGAGAAGAAAUGCCACCGCGGGACAAGCUGUUCUGGAGGCUUCACUCCAGCCUCUGACCUACUUCAGGCACUUAAGCUGAUGGAGGAAAAAGACACGGCUGGGGUGCGAAAUUCAGUCAAUUACAGAAGAAGAGGGAUUCCUGCUCGGCUUUAUAAGCGAUGCCUAAGGCUGGAGAGAGAAGCGGAUGUCACGGCACAGCGCACACAGUCUUAGACUAUAAUGGGCAGCAGCAAUGAGUUGGAUCAGCUUUACAUUUCAUGCAGUGCUUUCUGUUUGUCGAUGGUGUAAAAUGGCAUAAAAAGCACUCAAACCUUUCGAAUAUUGAAAUAGGCCUGUAUUUGAAAAUAUGCCAUGAAUGUAAAGGUUAUAUAUUUAUUAAGAGCUGUCAUACAAAACUGCAACGCCAUCAGAUUGUGCAUUAAAGAUGGAAAUAAUAUCA